AUGGGUGAAUCAAGCUUGGAAGAGAAAUCGGGCCGGUCUCGCACCCCGGAAUUUUUUGUAUCUUCACUCUCAGCUUUCUGCGCUCGUGGCUGGAGUUGCCCUAAGGGUGAUCUGAGGCUACCUAGUGCUAUAAAAUGCUUGCCAUGGCAGGGUCUAGGGAAGGGUCAAUCCCAUUCUGGAACUAUUGUAGGCAGCCUUACCUUGCAUUUUAAUUUGAAAAUGUCAAUGGCAAGUGAAUCAAGUUGGGUGGGGAGGAAGCCAGUGAAACGCAUUGGGGGAAUGUCAGAUGCUCUAUCAAUUGCAGCCGAUCUUGGUUUCUCCAUGUCCCCUCCCCCAUCACAGGAAGGACUUCAGAAUUCAUCCCCCACAACCGGGGAAAAGGGUGAGGACUUGAUCAGGGUUUUGAGAGAACUAACUACUGUCCAAAGAAAAAUUGCAGAUUUGCAAGUGGAACUUCAAGGACGAAAGGAUGACAAAAAUGUUGCACAUUUGACUCAUGUGAGUGAAAUGGAAAAGAAGAUCGAGACAUUGGCCAGGAUUACUACCAUACUCAAAGAUGUUAUUCAGAACAAGGAUCGGAUUAUAGCUCGCUUGCAGCAGCCGUAUUCCCUUGAUUGCAUUCCUGUUGAAGCAGAAUAUCAGAAACAAUUCUCUGAACUACUGAUGAAGGCAGCUAGUGAUUAUGGUGCUUUGACAGCUUCAGUGGCAGAUUUUCAGUGGAGUCAGAAUUUCAAGGAACCUCCUUCAGUUUGGGGGGAAAUGCUUCGACCCAUUCCUGUAGCUUUGGCAUCUUGCACUCGGUUCUUUGAAGCCAUGUCUGCCACAAGAGAGUCGUUUGCUACACUUCAAAAACUGAGGGUGGGCCAUUUUGAUUCCCCUCUACCUAGGACACCAGCCGGAGAUCCUUCCCAAAGAGUACCGGGAGUUUCUGAUUGUUUAACACCACCUGCAUGGAAAACUGAAGCAAGCUAUGAUGAUUUAGGAAUCAGAAACCAAAGGAGGCAACAUCUAGAUCAGGUGGAGGAUGUAAACACCUAG